GUGGCUCCGCUGGGAGGUGUCUGGCCGAGGGAGGCCGCCGCCGCCGCCGCUCCUGUGGGGCGAACGAGGCCCUGGCGACGGGGGCUGCGUCUGGAGCCGAGGAGGCCGCGGGCUUCCCCUUCCCCGGCUGACCCUGUCCGGGUGGCGAGUGAAAGCCGAGGCCGCCGGGAGACUCUUCCCGUUGCGACUGGGCAGGCGGGAGGCGGUCCUGCGGAGGCCCAGCCGGGAGAGCGCCGGUGGUUUCGCAAGGCCGAGGCGGGCGCCGGCGACUCCUCGGGGUCGCGUAGGGGAGCUUUCCCCGGACCCCCGGCCGCGAAAAGGUCGUGGCGCGGACAGAGGCCGGGCUGCAGCCCCUCCGGGGGGCGGGGAGGAAGUGGAGGGGGAAAAGGGCCGCUUCGCCUUGAAUUUGAGGAAGGUGAGAGACCGUUUCCCGAGCCUCUCAGGGACUGGACAAUGGAGCUUCCCUCUUUUUCUCCGCCACCCGCUAACCGGCAUUUCCCACCCCUUCAGCUGCAACGCUUUUUGCCCAUACUCCCCCGGAAAGUUUUUAGGGUGUGUUUUUUUUCUCUCCUAGGAUUUUCCCAGGCCCCCUCCUCCCAGUCAGGCUAUUUCGCUUCAAAAUGAAUUUAUUUGCUCCCCCCCCCCCCGCUCCCGCUUCUUAAGUCCUUUGAUUUCUUUAUUUGAGGACUUGCUCGCCUCUCCACCAAGGAGCUGUAUUUCAUAGUAUAAGCCUAAACAGUGUUUGGAUAGGAGUAUGUCACAAUGAAGUUGUUGUUAUUAUCAUAAUCAUUUACUUUAUUAUUAUUAAACAAGAGGCCGGUCUUGGCUGGGGAAGGCGGGGUAUAAAUAAUUUAUUAUUAUUAUUAUUAUUAUUAUUAUUAAUAAUAAUAAUAAUAAUUUUCUUCUUAGUGAGUCUGGUUAUAGGAUUGUACUGGUGGGCAGAAAUCCUGGAUGUUCACAUCCUUGGGAGUAAGCCCUAUUGAAUUCAUUAUUGGGCUGUUAGGGGCACACGGCUAUCCUGCAAAGUAGGUCACACUCAACUUUUUCCUCUUGGAUACCUUGGGUAUAUUUUUCUACUGAUAAUCAGUGAGGUGCAGGUGACAGUAGUUGGUUUGGGGAAUCCAUUUUUAAAACCUCUCUCAUCUCUGAAACUCAAUGUGGGAUUUUGCAGCCGAUCUUAUUUUGAAUUACUUCAUAGGUUUGUUGUGAGGAUAAUAGAGGUGAGGGAACAGAUAAAUCAACCUGAGCUUCUUGGAGGAAGGGUAGGAUAAAAAGCUAGUGUUUCCAUGUACAGUGUGAUAAAACAGUAUUUGUAAAUUUGCAUGCACUGAUUUGGUGCACAUGUGUUGAUAUUGUGCCAGAAUGCAAAUUGUGAAUCAGACCCGAGAGAGUAUAACUUGUUCAGAGCCACCUAGCAAACUCAUAACUGAAGUCUUGAAUUUCCUUAGCCAGUGCAACAUUCUGCCCACAACCGUAUUUCCUCUGUGGCUGUGUGAAAAUCAGUGGGAGAUCCACCUGACCCAGUAUCUAAAUAACAGAAUUAUUUAAUAAAUAGAUUAUAUUUCAACAUUCCAUCCCCUUUCAAGAACUAAAACAUAAUGAUUACUGUUUCUUCAUACACAGAACACACAGGUGAUCAAUUCAGUCCAUACAUAUUUACUCAGAAGUAAACUCCAUUGAUUUCAGUGGGACUUAUUCUCAGAUAGGUUUGUGUAUAGAACCACAGUCUUAAUUGGUAUCUAGUUUUGAGAGAGAGGGUUGGAAUAUGACAAAUAUGAUUCUAACUCAAUGGCUAGCUGUGCUACACAUUGAUAUUAACAAACAUGACUAAGUUCGUUCCAUUAAUUUCAGUAGGUCUACGCUGAAUAAAAAGUAUAACACCAUCCAAUAUUUUUAACAAGUGCUCUUUUGAGGUUAAUGUAUAUACUAUUUUAAAGUGUGAGUAUUUUAGGAGUAAAACUCAAUAGUAAAAAUAGGUAUCCAUCUUAUUAAUAGCACUAUUAAACAUUGUAUUUAUGCAGUUUUUGAGAGUUGCUUGCUGUUCUGAAUGAUAAUUGGAAGUCUCAUCUUGUGAAAUUAUAUACAGGACUCACAAAUAUUUGAGAUGCCAUUUGCUGAUACUUUUUGUAUGGAUGAAAGUUCAAUACUGUAUAAUGAAUUUCAAUUAAGUUGGUGAGAACUGCAUCUGCAAUUAUUGUAAAGAUUUCAUGAUUUGAGCUGAAAGGUUUUCUCAUAAAUAUUUUUUUUCAACUAUAGUGCCUCUAGUCUUUUGUCUUUAAAAAGGUAUGUUCCUUAGGUUUAAAAAACGACAACUGUGAUGAAUCCCCAAAGUUCAUGUUCUGCUGUUGUUUAAUUAUCAAUAAUUUUUCAACAUAAUUGGGUAGUUUCUUUAUUUGUCUUUUUUUUACUUCUGUGUAGUAAAAACUCUUCAGAUAGCUUCAUUUGGAGCUCAAGGGACAGAAUUUUAUUUCUCCCAGUUCUAUUAUUGUUGGGAAAGUAUAUAUCUAAGAGAACUUUUUAAAAAAUCAGCCCAGGGUCACUGUGGUUUUGUUUGUUUGUUUGUCCACAAUCUGCAUUGGGUCUUGGGAUCUUGCAAGCAUUUUCAUAAUUAUAUUAGUUAUUACCGUAAUUUUAGUUUUACAGAUCUUGAUAAGUCAUGUGGAAUCCAGAAACAAGGCAUCCAGAUUUAUUGUAUAUGCCUACCAGAAUCAAACUGCUUUAAACAGGCGGUGAAGUAGCUGGGUGAUUCAUUGCAAUCAUGAGCAGAUGGCAGAAAUCUAAACAGGAGAUCGAUCUGGGUUUUUUGUGCUAUCUGAGCAUACUUGUCCACAAGUAGACAUGCAUUACCUACUUAAUUAGCCCUGUGGCACAUGUAUUUUUUCCCCUUUUCAGGACUGACUGCCCAGCUGUUGCAUGUUUAGGUAGAGGCAAAUGCUUUUAGAAAGUGUAAGGCUGAGCUAGAUGAGCUUAUUCUUUCACAUACCUUAUGAAAUAAACUCCGUUUCCACUGAUUCAACAUCAGAGCUGGUUUGAUGGAUGAAAGUCAGUGUGGUGAAUGGUGGUUUUCUAAGGUCAGUCAGUUUUUCUGAACCAAAUAUAACUACCCAAAUACAAUGCAAUCACUAUCUUUCUUCAUAUUUACUAUCCUACCCCAAAUCUACUUAUAUGGCCAACUAUUGCCCAGUCUCAAAUAUUCCAUUCUUGGGCAAGGUGACUGAGCAGGUGGUUGCUGAACAACUCCAGGCACGCCUGGAGGAUGCAGACCAUUUGGAUCCCUUCCAGUCGGGAUUCAGGCUUCAUCAUGAGACUGAAACUGCCUUGGUAGCGCUGGUUGAUAAUCUCCGGUGGGCUAGGGACGAAGGUGAAAGCUGUUUCCUAGUUCUGCUGGAUUUCUCAGUGGCCUUUGAUACCAUUGACCAUAACAUCCUUCUGGCUUGUCUUGAGGGGCUGGGGGCACUGUUAUACAGUGGUUCCGCUCCUUCCUCCUAGGCCAUGUCCAGAAAGUGGGGGGGGGGAUGAGUGUUCAGACCCCUGGGCUCUCACUUAUGGGGUGCCUCAGGGUUCUGGCCUCUCCCCCAUGCUUUUUAACAUCUAUAUGAAGCUGCUGGGAGAGAUCAUCAGGGGGUUUGGCCUGGGUGUUCAUCAGUAUGCAGAUGAUAUCCAGCUCUACCUCUCUUUCAAAUCAGAACCAGUGAAGGCGGUGAAAGUCCUGUGUGAGUGUCUGGAGGCCGUUGAAGGAUGGAUGACAGCUAACAGAUUAAGGUUGAACCCUAACAAGAUAGAAGUACUGUUUUGGGGGGAUAGGGCGAGGGCAGGUGUGGAGGACUCCCUGGUCCUGAAUGCGGUAGCUGUGCCCCUGAAGGACCAGGUGUGCAGCCUGGGAGUUGUUUUGGACUCACAGCUGUCCAUGGAGGCGCAGGUGAAUUCUGUGUCCAGGGCAGCUGUCUACCAGCUCCAUCUGGUACACUGGCUGAGACCCUACCUGCCCGCAGACUGUCUCACUAGAGUGGUGCGCGUUCUAAUUAUCUCCUGCUUGCACUAUUGCAAUGCGCUCUACAUGGGGCUACCUUUGAAGGUGACCCGGAAACUACAACUAAUCCAGAAUGUGGCAGCUAGACUGGUGACUGGGAGUGGCUGCCGAGACCAUAUAACACCAGUCCUGAAAGACCUACAUUGGCUCCCAGUACAUUUCCGAGCACAAUUUGAAGUGUUGGUGCUGACCUUUAAAGCCCUAAAUGGCUUCGGCCCAGUAUACCUGAAGGAGCAUCUCCACCCACAUUGUUCAGCCUGGACACUGAGGUCCAGCGCCAAGGGCCUUCUGCCGGUUCACUCACUGCGAGAAGCCAAGUUACAGGGAACUAGGCAGAGGGCCUUAUCAGUAAUGACACCCGCCCUGUGGAAUGCCCUCCCAUCAAAAGUCAAUAUCUGACUUUUAAAAGACAUCUAAAGGCGGCAGACCUGUUUAGAGACAUUUUUAAUGCUUGAUUGGGGGUUUUUUUGGGUUUUUUUGCUGGAGGCCGCCCAGAGUGGCUGGGGAAACCCAGCCAGAUGGUCGGGGUAUAAAUAAUUAUUAUUAAUUAAAAAAGCAUUUUUGCAUUUUGCUCCGGGAUGGGAUCAACAUGGGUCUCCACCUGCAGGGAAACAAAUAACAUUUCAUUUGAGCCAGGAGUUGAAGGGUGUCAGUUUCGCCACGUGUCUGUUUUGUGUCAGUGUGUUCAAACUUGUGAUCAUCCCUCCUGCCUCAAAUUAUAGUGUUACCUUGGUUCUCAAACUUAAUCUGUUCUGGAAGUCUGUUCCAAAACCAAAGCAUUCCAAAACCAAGUCAUCCUUACCCAUAGAAAGUAAUGCAAAUCUGUUCCAGGCUUUUAAAAGCAACCCCUAAAACAGCAAUUUAACAUGAAUUUUACUAUCUAACGAGACCAUUGAUCCAUAAAAUGAAAGCAAUAAUGUACUGUACUAUAAAAUAAACAAGACAGUAUUGUAGAUGAUAAAAAAAAUCUUACCUGCACUAAUGAUAGUCACUGUUUGGAUGAGGAGCUUUUAUCCCUUUCUGCAGUCAGUCAAUCAAUCAAUCAAUCAAUUGGUAGCUGAACUGGGUUCCACAGUCACAAAAACAAAUUACUAGAAAAAGCCUCAAAAACAAAAACGCUAAAUAAACAGCAAACUUAAUCCGUUCUGGAAGUCCAUUUGACUUCCAAAAUGUUCAAAAACCAAGGUGCAGCUUCUGAUUGGUGCAGGUGCCCAGGAAACAAUAGCCGACAGCUGCAUCGGACAUUCGGCUUCCGAAAAACGUUCGAAAACUGGAACACCUACUUCCGGGUUUUCAGCAUUUGGGAACCAAGGUGCAACUGUAGUGUUUCAGUAACUGCCUCAAAUGUUUAUCUGAAUCUGCAACAUGCAAGUAUCCUCAGUGGUUAGAAAUGUGAUAGCUAAAGGGAAAGCCCAUAGCUUGGUAAGAGUAUGCAUAUUAUGCGUGCAUGCAAGCAUAAGACCUUGAGCAUCAUUUGAUAGAUCUUCCCGAGCCCUUCUGUCUCCUAGACUUUUUGAAGUCCUGCCAGAGAGGAGGAGCCAUAUAUUCUGAGCCAUAUAGGCAGCUUCAUAUGUUCAUCUGUAAUAUGGCCUGAUCCUAUGUGUACAUUUUGAGGGUCUGGCAACUUAAAACUUGCAACCCUAUCCCGAUUGUGUUGGCUCCGAAGUCUCAUCUGUCUCUCUGUUAUAACCUGAUGACCAGGUUGUGAUUCUGCAAUCCUAAACAUGUUUGGCCACUGCUUAUGUAAUUAUAGAAUCAUAGAAUCAUAGAGUUGGAAGAGACCACAAGGGCCAUCGAGUCCAACCCCCUGCCAAGCAGGAAAUUGGGAAUUGGCAAGUGAUGAUCAGUUCUUUAUACACUGCCUCUUUGGUUGCCCCAGCCCAGUCAGAUGGGCAAGGUACAAUAAAGAUUGUUAAAUUAUUAUUAUUAUUAUUAUUAUUAUUUGGAAAAAAUCCUUCUUAUUCCCUGACAUCUUCACUUUGCAUAACAUGGUGAAACUAUAAUAUGUGAAACAUAUAUGGUAUUUCCCCAGAUAGAGAGGAAAGGGCAUGGGGCAAGGUUUUUCUUUUAUUUAUUGAAGGAUACACACACCACACACUUUCACCCUAAAGACAAAAGGCUCCCAGGCUUACAAAUAUCAGUAAUAAAAACCUGCCCUUGGGCUUCCAAUCUAAAAGACAUGACACAAAAGGAAAAGUGAUUGGAAGGGAGGAGGAAAACUAAGUAAAUCCAGGUACUAGCUCUUAGUUAGGGGGUUCCUGUAUAAAUGGAAAAAAUCAAAGAGAGGAGGAUCCAAAGUUGAUGGACCCUCAGCUGAGCCAAUGAAGAGGCCCUGUACUAGCUCCUCUCCCUCUGCUAUAGCUCAAUGGAAUGGCUCCAUCAGGGUUCGUGUUUGAAGUGUAAGAACUUAUUGUCCAGGAUACUUGUUUUCUAUUUUAAACUUUUUGAUCAAGGCAAAAAGCCAUUGUGAAAGUUAAGUGGAUUCGUACUUUGUGUCAUCAAGGUUAUUUUUAUUUGCGGUAGAAUUUCAAUUCCUCCCCUGCAUAACUGAAGUCGAAACCAACGUAUUUUGCAUAAGCUUCAGCGAAAGCAUAUCAACUACCUUAUUUCCUCGUGGUUUAUUCUUUUACAGGAAUAUUCAUAUGCACAACCUACGCUGUGUUUUCCAUAUG